AUGGAUCAGCAGUCCCGGCCAAACCUCACCGAGCAGUACACCCAGUACAAGCACUGGCUGUUCCCCAGCCCAGCCGUCGUGCUGCAGCUCCGGGAGGCCUCCAUGGCCCAUGCCGUCAAGGCCGUCAAAGCUGCCCGGCAAGCCAACUAUGGGAUUCUUGUCGCCGCCGAUCCCUCAACUCCAUCCCAGCUGGAUUCUGUCGAGUUCCUGAGCGCCAGCGAACAGGCUGAUCUGACGCUCUACUACGAAUACAUGAUCCGUACCCUCUGCACCCGGCUGAAGCUGGAUGCCGUGGUUGAGGCCACAGCGAUCACCUUCUUCAAGCGCUUCUAUCUCCUCAACACCGUCAUGGACUAUGAUCCAAAGAAUGCGCUCAUCACGAUACUCUUUCUCGCCGCAAAGGUCGAAAACUCGGCCCGGCCCCUGGACAAGUUCCUGGCCGCCAUUCCCAAUGCCCCGGCCGCCGAAACCAUCACAGCACUCGAGUUCAUCGUUUGCCGCGGUCUCCGAUUCCACUUUGCUUGCCAGCAUCCCUACUGGCCGCUACACGGCUAUUUCCUUGACAUGCAGUCCUACCAUUCGGCCAAGAUGCUGUCGACCCCGGCCUUCGACUCGGAUGGCAAUCCGAUCUCCAUUCAGGACCGCAAGCGCGAGCUCAUCGUCAGCCUAUGGGAGACCUUCCAAAAGGCUAGGGAAUGGGUCCGAGAGAGCCUGCUCACCGAUCUGAUGUUCUGGUGCACACCCAGCCAGAUUGCGAUUGCGUGUUGGCUCAUGGCGAGCGAGCAUACCCGCCGAUCCAAGGACGAUAUGGCCUACUUCGUCACAAGAUUUGGUGCUCGGCCUAAACUGCCCGAUGCCAAGGAGACCCCGCAGACUCCAGCUACCGAUGGCGUCCACAAGGAUAAGGAGCCGCUACCCAUAGACUUGCUUAUGGCUCGGGUGACCGAGAUCAAGAACUCCCUCGCUGAGCGAAAAACCAAGACUGUGUCCCGGGAAGACGCAGCCACGAUCAACAAAAAGCUCGGGCUCUGUCGCAAUCCCGAGUUUAUCAUCGAUAGCCCGCUCUACAAGCGCAAGAGGGAGGAGGAGAAGCAAGAAAAGGAGCUCAAGCGGAAGCUCAAGUACGAGCGCGAGUGA